CUUUUUCCUCAUUAUUCUUUGCUUUGACUUAUCAGUCAUUCUUUUUUAUUAUGUGAUCACCACCAUACCUCCUCAUCUUCCUCCUCCUCUUGAUCUCAAAUCAAUCAAUACACAGCUUCUUCGUCAUUAACCCCACUCGCAGCCAAAAGCAACAAUGUCUAGUUUCACGUAUGCUUCUGCUUUCAACUUAUCUGAAAAGUCUCCCGCCAUUGCUUCUUCUUCUUCCUCAUCUGCGUUUGUUGAUGAUGAUACGGACGACGCUUGCAGCAUCUGCCUCGAGCCUUUCACUCUCCAGGAUCCUGCCACUGUUACAAGUUGCAAGCAUGAAUAUCACCUCCAGUGCAUCAUUGAAUGGUCUCAGAGAAGCAAAGAGUGUCCUAUUUGCUGGCAAUUCUUUGUCCUCAAAGAUCCUCUCAGCCAAGAGCUUUUGGCUGCUGUGGAUAAGGAAAGGCUGAUGAAAACAACCAGCAACGUGAGAUCUUCAUCCUCUCCAACAAUCAUUGGUCACUCCAACGAGGACGACUUUCACUCAGAGGAGGAGAGCAGCUUUGAUGAACAAUUCCUUAGGCAUCUCACUCAAGCUGCCCAUAGACGUUGUACAAGGGAGACUCCAAUAUCCUCCAAUGAUCCCACUCCUACUGAUAUGGCCAAUCUUGCUCACAUCCCCCAUGUUCAACAUCAGAAUGCAAACCCCCCGUCUCCUGCAUCUCCUGCUGUUACCAGCAAUGGUUCCAGAAUCUCCCCUGGACCUUCUCCUCCAUCCGAAGCAUCAUCUCUUCCGGAAGCCAUUAAAUCCAAACUAGCUGCUGCUUCCGCAAGGUACAAAGAAUCGAUCUCUAAGAGUAAACAAGGUCUCAAAGAGAAGCUGCUUGCUCGCAACAACUCAGUGAAAGAACUGAGCAAAGGAGUACAGCGUGAGAUGAACGCUGGAAUAGCUGGUGUUGCACGGAUGAUGGAACGCUUGGAUUUUGCUUCAAAGCGUUUCGGUGGGUCUACAACUUCCGGAUUCAACUUCUCUUUCAAAGGGAAGCGUGAAGAAGAAGCAGAUGCCACUUCCAACAUUGGGGGACAAAACCGAAUCCCAUAAGCUGCAGGGAGGAGGAUCAUUCUAAUUAAACCUAUAAUGCAAGCGAUGUAUAUUCUCAUGGAAUCAAGGUCUUAGCAUCCUGCAUUCUUCAGAGCUCUCUCUCUCAUGAUCUCUUCUCUCUCGUCUCUAUUUUUGCCAUAAAUAAGUAAAAUCCUUCCCUGAGUAAUACUUUUAUUAAUCGAUUUUCAACUCCUAGUCGGAGUCAAAACUUUGUAUUAGUUAAUAAUUACAAAAGGGGUUUUGUAACUUUGUAUUAGAUAAUAAUUACAAAAGGGGUUUUGUUAUA